CAGGAGGGUUGGCAGGCUGGCGGCAGGUGCUGCCGCGGCCACUGCUGCCGCCGCCGCCGCCGCCUCCUCCUCCGCCUCCUCCUCCGCCUCCUCCGAGUCCCAGGUCUGCUCGUCCUCUCGCGGUGAUGAGCUGAGCCCCGUCGGGGGCUGCACCUGCCGGCUGCCCAUCACCCCGGACCUCCCGGCGUGACCUCGGCCUCCUCGCGUGCCCGGCACCCGCGGCUCCGAGCUGCCCCUGAGAGGGAGCGGCAGCGGCCUCCUCCGACCCGAGUCCUCGCUCGGGGGCCGCGCGGGGAGAGCGCCCGGCCCCCUCCCCUCCCCAGUCCGCCGUCCUCGAUGUCUCCCCGGCGGGGAGGGGGCUGCCUGGGAGACGCGCUGAGCGGCCCCCCCCGGAGGCCCGUCGGCGGCAGCAGCAGCGACCAGCCCGGCGACCCGAAGCCUCCCCCGGCGGCGGCGGCCUGGAGGAGCCGCGCAGCCGCCGCCGCCCCCGGAGCCUCGCAGCCGCCGCCGCCGCCCGGCGCCGGAGGAGAGGGCGGCGGGCUCCCCCCAGGGAAGAUGAAGGCGGAGGGGGGCGACCACUCCAUGAUCAACCUGUCGGUGCAGCAGGUCCUGAGCCUCUGGGCCCAUGGGACGGUGCUGAGGAACCUUACGGAGAUGUGGUACUGGAUCUUCCUCUGGGCUCUCUUCUCCUCUCUGUUUGUCCAUGGUGCUGCAGGAGUGUUGAUGUUCGUGAUGCUACAGAGGCAUCGGCAGGGGAGAGUAAUCUCUGUCAUUGCAGUCAGCAUCGGAUUUCUGGCUUCCGUGACCGGAGCAAUGAUUACUAGUGCAGCAGUCGCCGGCAUUUACAGAGUGGCAGGGAAGAACAUGGCCCCCUUGGAAGCACUGGUGUGGGGCGUUGGACAGACCGUACUGACAUUAAUCAUCUCCUUUUCAAGGAUUCUCGCCACACUCUGAGGUUUCUGUGGGCAUGUCUUACUUCACAUAAGGAAGCAGAUGUACAGAUUCUCUGCAAAUGGCAUUGUUAACAAGUGGGAAUGAAAUUGUACAAGAAUGUGGAAGGAGCAGGUCAAAACAUAAGGUCUUGAGCUGUGUGGGAAGAUUGCCCUCUGGUGUUCAAGUGAUUGCACUACCGCACUGCACCUUACGUGCCUCCGUCCCAGGCAAGGCGCAUGACACUACGUGAAGCUACGAGAAAAAGCACCUUGUUUAGCUGCCAAUCAGGUUAACACUGGCGUUGAAUCAUCGUUCUUAACAGUGUUGUGUUAAGUUACAGGGACGUUUUGAAGAAUUGACAUAUGUGCCAAACUCUUUUCUUUUUUUAACAUUGAUCAUGUGAAAUUUGCAAGUGUAGAUGUAGAUGAGUGCUGUGAACAUAUUUGACAUGAAUUCAGGUGGUGUUGUGAGAUUUUUGUUCUGUAAUGCUAAAUCCCGUAUGAGUGCUGAAUACCGAAUCAUUUAAUAUGAGACAAAUUAUUUGAUUUUUAACGUUGAACGUUUCUGGGAUUUAGGGCUUUCAUAUAAGUUAGGCAUUAUUGUUACCUAUGUGAAACAUAAUACUUAAUGGAAAACUGCUGAACUCUUUUAAGGACUCAAAGUAGAUCUAUAGGGUGCAUCCUUUUCACUCACUUAAGUAACACUCUUUAAUAGUUUCCCUCAUACAUAAACAUUCUAUUGAUAUGAAUUUUAAAACUUUAUGGGUCAUACACAUUGAUUGUAGCUUGUGUGUCACAAAAGUAUAAUUUGAAAAUUUCCUUUUAAAUUUUGUAAGAAAUCUGAAAUGCACGUUGCAUUCUUGACCCUUCUAAAGAAAGUUUUUGCCGUGUAGCUCAUGGAGAAAACAGCUUUACGACUAGUAUCUCAGUGGGAUUGUAUUACUUGUUGCAUAUAUCUUGAUUUUCGACAAAACAUAAGCAGUCUUUCACUCUGGAGUAUUAACUAUAUUUAAAGAGUGGCAUAAAUUAGGCUAUGAAAACAAGAAGCCUCAUUUGUAGAUAAGAAACACAUAGGAAGAGUAAUAAACUAUCUUACUUUGGGUAUGUGGUAGCAUCAUAAUUUCUCUAAGUAAAAAUUGGGGGGCUUCCCUGGUGGCGCAGUGGUUGAGAGUCCGC